AUGCCGGAAGACAACUACGGCAACUCCUACACCUACAACAACUCUGGCCAGAAUAGCCAGGGCAACCACUUCUGCGUUCGCGACUUUGGUCCUGAUUACUCCAACCAGGAUGGCUCGUACUACUACUCCAACCCCGACGGAAGUACCUACCACAACGAUGGCCAGGGUAACUCUACCUACACUCCUCCCGCUGAGCCUUCUCAGUCUGAGAAGUCUGGCAAGUAA